AGGCACGGCACACGCGGCCGCCGUCCCACGCCGCACGCCGUCCGCCCGUCACGAGUUGUCCGUUCACGCGGUCUCGCGAUGCUCCGCUCCGAGCCUGCCAUCCGCUAACGUCCGUCGCCGCCGUCGAUCGCUGCGUGUAGCGUGCUAGGAGAAGCUGCUCUCGGAUCUCCUCCUCCCUCCUGCCCUCCUGCGCGUCGUCUGUCCCCGCGCAGCCAUGGCCUCCUCCAAUCGCGGCAUCCAGAUCGGCUCCGGCUGGUUCCAGACCAAGAUCAACCUCAGGCCACAGCAUCGGGGUGUUCACCUCGUCACCGAGGAGAUCCUCAGGCAGGUUCCCGAACUCUGCCAGUUUUCCGUCGGUCUCUGCCAUAUUCAGAUUCUCCAUACCUCAGCCAGUUUAGCGUUAAAUGAGAGCUGGGACCCAGAUGUGAGAGACGAUAUGGAGAUGAUGCUUAACAAAAUAGUUCCUGAAGGCUUGGAGUACAGGCACAGUUGUGAGGGGCCCGAUGACAUGCCAGCGCACGUGAAGGCCUGUUUUCUGGGCUCAUCGCUAAGCAUCCCGAUCACCGAUGGUAAGCUGGCUCUGGGCACAUGGCAGGGUAUCUGGUUAGGUGAGCACCGUGACCAUGCCGGUAGCCGUAAACUGGUAGUAACGCUGACCGGAGUCCUGAGGGACUCGGCGCGCAGCCCCCUCAGCCCGGUCAGUCCCAUCGCCUCUACCAGCAGCUAGGACCACUCGCACCCCCGAAGGCGUGGCAAGCGUCAGCCGCGCGCGUCCAUCUCGAGCGACUCGAGCUAGCAGCCGCUUCAAGCCCUAGUCAACUUUUAAGAGUACAAUCCACAAGAGGAAGAGCGAGCCGGAUACCUCGCGGACUUAUCCAUCGGCCCGGGGAGAGCCACCACUAAGCAAGCAGCAGCAAUCAACCGCAUCAACGACGAGUCGGUAACGAGUCGUAGUGGAUGAACCGGGCGCGCGCCGUUCAAGACUCCUGUGCGUGCGUGUAUGUGCUUCAGGGUUUCGUUCUCUGACGUCAUUCCGCAAGGAUACUUUCCUCUUGUUCGAGUGACGACGGCUGUCGGGGUUGUUGCAACAGUUCCUCCCCUCCCCCCAAGUAAGGAGAAUUCAAGGAAAUCCGGUUUCCGAGUCUGCGUCUUUGAGACAUCUCCAAGCUCGUGCAGCUUGGAAAUUCGAAUUUUUCAGGAUAUUUUUCGCUUAAGUGGUCGCACAAUCGUAAAUAAAGGAAUCGAUGAAAAUUUUGAAUCUGAUACUCGAAGAUGUAGAAAGCCGAGGGCUAAACGAACGCCGGAACAUUUGCGACAACUCGAAGCGCGUCACUCGUACCUUCUUGAUAAUUUUUGUUGGCUCGCGGGACAUCUAAUACAAUAAUAUUAAAAGAAGAUAAAAAGAAUAUAAAGGAAUAGGAAAUGAGAGUAAUGGAGAAAACUGCCACGGCAGACGCGCGCGUCGUACGCGUCUCACGUAAAACAAAAUGAGUUAAACGCGAGUAUCUAGCGCCCCUUUCGCCCUCGCUCUUGAAGAGAGGAAAACGAGCGAAAGGCGGGAAAGAUACGCACUCUCAAGGAAAGCAAUUGAAAAGAUAAAGCUAGAGAAAGGAAGACGAAAAAAAAGAAAGAGAGAACAAACGAAUCUAUGCAUUCCGGUAACGCGUCCAAUACUCCGAAUUUACGUAGCUUUAUUUAGGAGAUCCUUUUGUAUAAACGAAGUUAACGAACACGAGCAGCCACGCAGGGACUCGCAUCCUUUUUUACACUCUGCUACCCUUUGGGCUGUCCCAACCAUGAAGAACAAAGAGGGGGAUAAGAAGAGGAUAAGAAAAGCAAGAGCGUAAGGUAUACGCGUUGCGAAUAUUCUGACUCGCCGCUUUGAAAAACGAAAAAAAA